CCGACAGUCAUCUCACUUUCACCUCACCUUCAGUUCACAACUCCACCUUAAGCCUCUUAAGAUGGCGACUCGCACGUCCGCUCCGCGUAUAGACAUUGAAGUAUGGGAAUCUAAAAAAACUAAACUGUACGAGCUGUAUGUAACACAAGGGAAAUCGUUAAAGGAAGUUCAAGAAGAGAUGAAAGAACCCCGAGAGUUUACACCAACAGAAAAACAAUAUCGGUAUCGUUUCGAGAAAUGGGGAUGGCACAAGUAUCGACUGGGCUCGGGGCACGAUCUCGAUAACGACUACAACAUGGACUCAAAUUCUACGGAUGACAAUCUCGGAAACUCCCCAGCAAGUCCUGGCGACGAUGCCGCCAUGGUCGAUCCUAUUCAUUCGUUGCCCGAUGAAUUUAUUCGCAGUUUCAAAAAUGUCAAUUGUGAGGAGACCGAAUUCCCUAACUGGUUGUUGAACUUCAGGGGCGCCUGCGAAACCCGGGCCGAUCUCGCCGAUAAAAUACGUGCGCUGGUACGGCGAACUAUGGGCAACAGAAGCAAUGGGUCUACCAUGGCCGGUACAGCAGUCUGGGGCUGCUUCAAUUUAACACCCGAGGGGACUACGCCGCAAUUUGGCUCAGCGGGAGCGGACAGGAAUUGGAUACAAUCCCACAACGAAGUUGCGGAAUUUACGCUGAAGGCCGCCGAACGUUGGUGGGCCGACCUGCUUUCGCCCCAUCUUCGUUCCUGUCUCGGCUGGAUAGAGAGACGGUUGGCGGAUCGUCUCCCUAAAGAUCCAGCGCUCGCGUAUUUCAACCCUCGCGUCCUCCUCUUUGCGUACUUGUUCGACGUCUGGGUAUUCCAGAAAAAAUAUGAUCCCGACCACUGGAUUCGGGAAUCCAACGUCUUGAAUAUCUCCCCGUUGACAAUGCUCCACGCGAUGUGUUUCCUAGUGUUCAAUCUACCGACAGCUACGUCGAACGCGCCGACCGUCGGGCAUAACGACGAAGCCUUCUUCGACUUAGUUACGGAAAAGGUGAAAACCCUUAUGCUUAUGCCCGAGGAGAGGCUGAUUUCGGAGUUUUUGGCCGAAUUGGUCUGGAUUGACAACUCGCGAGGCGAUCAGUGGGAAACCGCUAGGAAAUAUGUAGCCGAUCGGAUGGGAGAUAUUGAUGGUUACAAGUUUGAUUGAACCAAGGUUUCUGGGCAGAGGGAGAGACGCUGGCGUUUGAAAUUUCUCGGGUACGAGCCAGGUCGGCAUGGGAUAUGCAGGUGGACGUUCUUAGUAGUUGGUAUUCUUUUGUGGGCUUGAUUAACUGGUAACAAUGACACGGG